AUGAAUGUUGAAAAGUCAGACGACAAAGCAAAGAAUGGCUUGAAGUCUUCCUUACUUAUAAGGGAUGAAAAUAGAAAUAACUACGCAUGUGACAGAGCUACACCUUCCACAAAGAGUUGUGCCACCAAGAUAUAUGGUAAUUCAACUGACCAAGGUAUAGUGACUGAACAUGAAGAUGAUACCAUUCUUGAAAAGAAAAUUGACUUCAGAAGUACUUUUUUAAAACAGCAGUGUAUUGAAGCACUUAAUCUGCAGAAGGCACCUGGUAAAUACAACUGCACAGGAGCUCUGUUGGGAGAUGCAGAUGCUCCAUGCAAGUCUUCUGUGACUGAACAGACUUGUGUAUAUGCUUUGAACUGUGACUUGAAAGAAACAACAGAAUUACUGAAAGGUAACGUUGCUAUGGCAAAAAUGCAAGAUCAGAGUUUCAAACAAUCAGUGCCUUGUAGUCAGACUGACUCUAAAUGUGUAUUACCUCUUCCUGCUUCAGAGCAGAACACACACUCCCUGAUAAAUGACAGGGCAUGCUGCCACCUGAGCACAUUGGCUGUUACUAAUGUCAUAGGUGAAACUCUGGGAACUGAUCAAAAUGAUGACAUGCAUCUGAGGGAAAUGCUAAUCUCUUCUGAAUUAUGUACCAGAGAGAAAUUUGAUGGAACCAGCUCAGAAAGAAUACCUAAUUUCUCCACUAUGAUAGUGGCUUCAGAAAGUCCAGAUGCCUAUUCGGAACUUGAAGUAUGUCAUCCUGCCUCUGCAGGUGUCGAACACUAUCUAAAAAACACUAACAAGACUGAUAAAGAAUCACAGGAAACAGAAGCACAGUCUGUAAAACUAGCUGCUGGAUGUAUGGAUCCUUACAGGAGAGAUGCAUUAUCACUAUGCAUUAAUAUUAAUGAAGGUCACCAAGUGAAAUCCUUGCAGGAUGCCGCUGACUAUGAUGAAACUGCUAAUUCCAAUGUUGAAACAUGCGUGGAUAGUCCUGUAAAUAAUGUGCACCUUCUCCCAGUAGAUAAAAUGGAUGGAGAACAAGUAUCAAAGAAAACCAGUGAACCCUUAACCAAAGAACAAAGUAUCUCUGGAAAUGCUGCUCUUCAGGAUAUGCACAACACCACUUUCAUAUCUUGCAGUGUACCAAGAUUAAAGAGGACUGUUAUGCCUGACCUGAAAUGCGAAGCAACUUUUGUGGUCUUCAGUCCUAUGGCUGAUGAAAGCGAUUCUGUUCUAUGUACUUCAACCCCUAAAGAACGGUCACAAAAUACAACUUUUUCUGUUUCAGCUUUGGCAGAACUUGGAGGCAAGUCUCCUAAACCAAGACCAAAAGAUGUGUUUGUAGGAGGACAUAAUAAAAGGCCUUCGCUUAAAGCUAGUUCAGGUCAAACUGCAGGAAAACCAGUGGGCAGGUCUCCUAUUGUGUCAACAAUUACCAAAGCGAAGAAAUCUGAGAUUGUUAGUUUUCCCAAACCUAAUUUCAAAAACGUUAAGCCAAAGGUUAUUUCUAGACCUGUGCUACAGUCAAGAGACAGUGCAGCAUUAAAACGGUCUCCCCAGUCUCCCCAACUAUCAGCUGUCUCAUCUUCACUGGUUGCUUCCCCAAGGCAGUUGUCCCCCUCUGUAAAAGUGUUGAAAAAGAAAAUGGAUCUAGCUAAAGAUACUAAAGUGGAAUUGCCUGUGCAUAAGCCCCAUAAGCUACAUCUUAACAAACACCUCUUCACUAGCCAAGUCGUACAUGCCACAACACAUCCCAGAAACGCUUCCCACAAGGCUUCAAAGACACCUGCAUUAAAGCAGAAUCCGGAAGACGUUGGCAAAGAAAGCUCUACCCAUUCGGCAUGCUCCUUGGUUUCUGCUGCGCUUCCAAUGUGUGUAGAGAACUCAGAGGAGAUGCUGAAUGAGAAAAUGGAAGGUUCAAACUCUUUAAUGCAGCCCUGUGCUCAAAACAUCUACCCGACUGGAGAUGAAAAGGAGCAAAGCAGCAAUAUGGGAAUUCCUGUGGAAGCAGCCUUGAUAAAAGAUGUGGCAAAUGAAACAUUUGACCUGCACUCUGUUCCUCUGAUGCCUUCUGUGAAAGAUGGGACAACACAAGGGAGAAACAUACUGAAGAAAGGCCCAAUCACUCUACGAAGUGUAUCAGCUCCCAAGGUUAAAAUGGUUCCACCUGUGUUGCCCUUGAAGAGAGGGUGUGAAAAUAAAACUAUCAGCACAAUUAAAGCACCUUCCCACAAAGGAGCUGUUCUGUCAUCAAGCUCUGGUAUAGGAUCUUUGCCAAGAGAGAAGCAUGCCUCUCCGAAAAAUUCUCCAGCCUCCUGGGCUAGCUCUGGUAAACUGCUCACUAAAUCCCAAGUGCCUGUCAAAAGAUCAGUGCUUGAGAGAACACCUAGCAUCUCUUCAGUCAGCAGCACUCAGAGUGAGCGAAGUCUUUUCAGCAGUAAUUCUGCAAGUGCCACAGUCAUCAUCAAGAAUGGAGAAUGGCCUGCAAAACCAGACUGCCAGAAUGGUACUUUAGGAUCUGUCCCUUUGAAAGCUGUACCAAAACCUAGAUUUCACUCGUUGAAGUCAACUCCAAAAGGAGCCAAGGCCAGGUCUGCUUCACUGAACCAGUGCAUACCAAAAUCAUCUGGGCCACUGCACUCAGCAAGGAAAGUCAGUGAGGCUAGAGGUACUCCUGGAAGAAAUGGACACCAAAGCCUAUCUCAUUUGGGUUCUGUUGACAAGGGCAAGCAGCGGAGUCCCAAGAGCUCAUGCAUACAGACUCAAGCCUCCACAGAUGUGCAUUCGCCUGGCACAAAAACAGCCGAGUUGACACAGUACAAAACAAAAUGUGAGACCCAAAGUGGAAUUAUCCUUCAGCUGAAAAGAUUCCUGACAAGCAGUAACCAGAAGUUUGAAGCAUUAACAGUUGUGAUCCAGCACCUGCAAUCUGAGAGGGAGGAAGCACUGAAACAGCGUAAAGAGUUAUCUCAAGAGCUAGUUAACCUUCGAGGAGAACUAGUAACCACUUCUGCAGCUUGUGAGAAAUUGGAGAGAGACAGGAAUGAACUGCAAGUUGCUUAUGAAGGGUUUUUGCAGAAGUUAAACCAGCAACAUCACAAUGAUUUAGCUGAGCUGGAGGAGAGGCUUAAACAAUUUUACACUGCAGAAUGUGAGAAACUCCAAAGUAUCUGCAUUGAAGAAGCUGAAAAGUACAAAGCGCAACUCCAGGAGCAGGUGGACAACUUAAAUAUCACACAUGAAAACUUUAAGCUGGAACUUGAAAACAGCCACUCAGAAAAAGUAGAGGAGCUGAAAAAGGAGUAUGAAUCCUCUUUUUCAGAGCUCAAGAGCGCCCAUGAAUCUGAAAGGAAGUCACUUGAAGAUUCCUUUAAAGAGAAGCAGGAAUGGCUAGAGAAAAAAAUUGAUGAAUUAAAAUGUGAAAAUGACUCUCUGAGUGAGAAGUUGAAAUUAGAAGAGCAAAAACAAAUAGCCAAAGAAAAAGCCAAUCUUAAAAACCCACAGAUUAUGUAUCUGGAACAGGAGCUGGAAAGUUUGAAAGCAGUGCUGGAGAUCAAGAAUGAGAAACUCCAUCAGCAGGAUAUAAAGCUAAUGAAGAUGGAAAAACUGCUGGAGACCAAUACAAUCCUAACGGAUAAAUUAAAGAAGGUUCAGCAAGAAAAUGAAGAAUUAAAAGCUCGGAUGGACAAACACAUGGAGCUUUCAAGGCAACUUUCUACGGAGCAAGCUGUUUUACAGGAGUCGCUAGAGAAGGAAUCAAAAGUAAACAAACGCCUGUCAAUGGAAAAUGAAGAACUUCUGUGGAAGUUGCACAAUGGUGACCUAUGCAGCCCAAGAAAACUGUCUCCCAGUUCUCCAUCCGUGCCUCUGCAGUCCCCACGAAAUUCUGGUAACUUCUCUAGUCCUACAGUAUCACCGAGAUGACAUCUCUUGAGAGAAAGAGGGGAUUGCAUUUCAUUUGCAAUCUGCAGAACCAAUCCUAACUUUAAUCACAGGAGCAAGAGCUAUAUUAGCCAAGUAUGACAACUAAACAUAACUGGAAACUUUUUGGUGCAAAAAUGGCGAUAAAGAGACUGAGAAUAUGGGAGUAAGACAUUCGCAUUGCUCCUUGCAAAAAGACUUGUUUAUGACCUCUAUGGACAUUGUUGCACAAAGCACUUACAGAGCAAGGAAAGACUUGUUCAUUGCCUUUUCACCUAACUAUAAGACAAAGCUCAGGGGCUCAGAGAUAAAGAUCACAACCUUUAUAAUAUGUUCCUUAUCACAGACACUUUUUUAAGGCUGUGUGUAUGCGUGUGUGCGUGCGUGUGCUGUGGAUGGAAUGGAUGUAACACACGGUGCGUGUGUCUAAUGCUGCCUUCUUUGCUGUGUACAUAAUAAAGGAUAAAAGCUGAAGACUA